AACAUAGACAUAAUAUAAUAGACGCCGCAUUGGCAGCUCAGCGCGAGAAUUCCAGCCGCCUUCUUGGACCGGUCAUAAAAGUUACUUAGCAGCAGAAGAUACAAGAUGCCAGAGCACUGUGCAGCAUAUUCCUGCUCAAAUCGGCGGACCAUUGAAAACAGGGCUCGGGGGAUUACUUUUCACAAGUUUCCCAAGGACAAAGAUACAAGGAAAAAGUGGGAAGUAGAUUUGAGGAGAGAAGGAUUCACUGGAAGUGCUUCCUCAGUGCUUUGCUUCCAACAUUUUAAGCAGGCUGAUUUUGAUAGAACGGGUCAGAUUGUCCGACUUCGAGAUGGUGUUAUUCCAUCUGUCUUCAGCUUCCCAGUUCACCUCCAAAGAAUGGAAAAGGGCAGGGCUACAUCCACCUCAAGAAGAGCUGAAGAAAGCCUGUCCGUGGCCUCUCAGGAUUACGAAACGGCAACCUCACACCCACAACCUCAGCCUAAUGAUGAUCAAGGCUAUGCCUUGCCUGUGUCUCCUACCACCCUUAGGACCAGACUCAAUGAAGCCUUGGCAAGAGUGAAAGGUCUGGAGCGAGAGAAGAAGAAUGCUAUGGCAAGAGAAAAGAGGGCAAGGAUCACAGUAAAGAGUCUUUUGGGGGAGUUUAGCGAAAAGAACCUCAUUAAUGAAGAGCUCAAGGAGAAGCUUGAAUUUUUCUCCGAUCUUAAGAUAGAUUUCAUGGCAAAGCAGGGCCAUGAGUACACAAAGGACUACAGAAAGUUUGCGCUCACUCUCAAUCUACAUGGUCCAAAGGAUUACAAAUACCUCAGAGAGACUCAACAUGUCCCCCUCCCACAUCCACAUACAUUACAAAGGUGGUUGCGUUCGGUGGAUGCCAAGCCUGGCCUGAACAAGAUGAUGCGGGAUAUGCUGGAGAAAAGAUGCCAGGGACCAGGCUAAAUAUGGAUGUGUUUCCCUCAUGUUGGAUGCCAUGUCCAUCAGAAAACAUGUGAAAUAUAAUCCUCAUACCCAGUCAAUGUCUGGUUUUGUAGACAUGGGUGAUGGAAUCAGUGAGACUGAUGUUGCUACUGUGGCUCUUGUGUUCAUGGUGGUUGGCCUACAAGGACAUUGGAAGGCUCCCAUUGCUUACUUCCUGACAAAGUGUCUCUCUCCAGAAACACAAAGGGUCCUUCUCAGUCAUGCUUUGGAGGAGUUGCAUGCACAGGGCAUUCGGGUGGUAUGUGUAACAAUGGAUGGGCAUGCCUCCAAUGUCAGCAUGUGUAACCAACUUGGGUGUGAGCUGAAGGGAGACCCACGAGAGCCACUUCAAACCA